GGAUGAAGGAAAAGUGAUUAAAAAGAAAUUGAGUAUAGUAGCAAUUCCAGAUCCUGGUAUCACACUUUGGGCUGGCGAUUAUAGUAUUAAAAAGAAAUUUGAUUUAAAAAAUGGUGUGAAUGCCUUUGAAUUAUUAGAACAAAAAGAGUAUGGUGACGCGGUAUUAUUAGUAGGAUAUUAUACCUACAAAUGGAUUAUUUAUCCAUUAUAUCUUUCACCUCUUU